AUGAGCCAAUCUGCCCUCCUAAUUCCACAUGCAUCCGCAGCGCUCCUCUCACCAUGGAGAACAUUCGACAAGCUGUCCACGUCGGUGAUGGGCUAUUCUGCCAACGAAUUCGACUUCGUUUACGGACGGACGCCAUUUUCGACCUUCACUGAAGCCAUGACUAUGGUGGUGCUGUAUCUGGUAGUCGUAUUUGGCGGCCGGGAGAUCAUGCGCAACCGCAAACCACUGGAGCUGAAUACGCUCUUCAAGAUCCACAACUUCUUCUUGUCUCUGCUCAGUGGUGCUCUUCUGGUUCUCUUCGUCGAACAGAUUGCGCCGAGCCUGUGGCAGAAGGGCAUCUACGAAAACAUCUGCGGACCUUCGGGCUGGACACAACCACUGGUCGUUCUCUAUUACAUCAACUACCUCACAAAGUACUACGAGCUCAUCGACACCGUCUUCCUGAUGCUCAAGAAGAAACCCCUUACGUUCCUCCACUGCUACCACCACCCGGCCACCGCGCUCCUCUGCUUCAGCCAGUUGGUCGGAGCCACCCCGCUGUCUUGGGUGCCCAUCACGCUCAACCUGACGGUACAUGUGAUCAUGUAUUGGUACUACUUCCAGACCGCAAGAGGCGUCAAGGUGUGGUGGAAGCAGUGGAUCACGGUCUUGCAGAUCACCCAGUUCGUGCUGGACCUUGGCUUCGUCUACUUUGGUUUCUACGACGUCUUCGCAGACACGUACUUCAAGGAAAUCCUCCCCCACGUCGGCCGGUGCGGCGGCGAGUUCUACGCAGCCAUGACCGGCGGCGCCAUCCUGACGUCGUACCUGGUUCUCUUCAUCAUGUUCUACAUUACAACGUACAAGAAGGGCGGUCGCAGCAAAUCAGCUGCGUCGCAAAAGUCCAAGCCGGCCGUCCUCAACGAAAAGCAGACCUUGGCGGCGGGCAGUGACCUUGGGAGGUAAGAACGCCACGGUUGAGCUCGAGACCUGAAGAAACUUUUUCAACUCAACUCCAAUCUUGUUUUUAUUUUGGACAAAGCAUGAACCCAUAGAAUACCAUAGACACGCAAGCAUUGUUGGUCGGGUGGUCCUUGAAUUGAGCCCGGUGCUCGGGCCAGAUCUUCAAGGCGUGAGAGGGGAGGGGGGACGAAAUACCUGGUUUGGUUGCUAUUGGUGGCGGUGACGUUGAUGGGCGGAGUAUUGGUUGGGGCUUCGAAAGCAAGGCGGGAGUUUACUCCGGAUUGUGGAACAAAUGUCAUGAGUUUAUUGGGAGAGUGUGCCCAUCUCUGACUGUAAUGCAAUAGUGAAAUGCCAUGUUUGAUGAUCAUGGUGGUGGUGGUGGUGGGG